CUCUCGCUUCAUCGCUCAUGGCGUUGCUCUCCACCAGCAGCUGCUACUCCUCCUCCGGGCUUCGUCCCCGCGCGCCAGCGGUUGCGCCUCUCCGGAACAUUCUCAAGUCCGGUUCCCUUCAAAUGGCAGCUGUGAGGGCUCCCGGUUCCCUCAGGGCAUCCGGCGGCGGGCGCAGGGGAUGGGUCUCGGCGUGCUCAACGUCGUUCCCCUGCCUUGGGAGAGUUGGAUGGCACCGGAGGGAGGGGAACGUGUCCCUACUCUCCUUUGGGUUAAACUCCGAUAGCUUCUUGGGCGGAGGGAAGUCUGAGUCCUCUUCGGAGGUCUUCUCGGCGAUGCUUCCAUUUGUUGUUGCUGCUACUGCUGUUGCUGCGCUGACGAACCCUAACACCUUUUCUUGGGUCUCUAAAGAGUAUUACGCACCAGCACUUGGUGGUAUAAUGCUAUCCAUUGGGAUCAAGCUAUCAAUAGAUGAUUUUGCCCUUGCUUUCAAGAGACCUCUGCCAUUAUCUAUUGGAUAUAUUGCACAAUAUGUGUUCAAGCCACUUCUAGGCCUGUUAAUUGCAAGGGCAUUCAGAACACCCUCUAUAUUUUAUGCUGGUUUCAUUCUUACUUGCUGUGUUUCUGGUGCCCAGCUCUCAAGCUAUGCUAGUUUCUUGAGCAAAGGUGAUGUUGCCUUGAGUAUUCUGCUGACCAGCUCAACCACAAUCUCUUCUGUGCUUAUGACACCUCUGCUUACUGGUCUUCUAAUUGGCUCUGUCGUUCCGGUUGAUGGAGUUGCCAUGUCCAAGUCAAUUUUGCAAGUUGUCCUUCUUCCUAUAGCAAUUGGCCUUCUCCUCAAUACUUUUGCGAAGUCAGUGGUGACUGUGAUUCAACCGAUAAUGCCCUUUGUUGCCAUGUUUUGCACUUCAUUAUGUAUCGGCAGCCCGCUCUCUAUUAAUAGGAGUCAAAUUUUGUCAUCGGAUGGUCUACGCUUGCUUUUUCCUGUAUUAACAUUCCAUCUUGUUGCCUUCACUGGUGGUUACUGGUUGUCCAGAUUGCCUUUUUUCAGGCAAGAGGAAGAAGCAUCUAGAACAAUAUCUCUAUGUACAGGGAUGCAAAGUUCUACCCUUGCUGGACUUCUCGCAACACAAUUUCUUGGAAGCAGCCACGCAGUUCCUGCUGCAUGUUCAGUUGUAGCCAUGGCCAUAAUGGGGCUAUGCAUUGCGUCUUUUUGGGGCGGUGGAUCACGGAUCAGAGACCUCGUGUCACCUCUCUUACCAAAAUCUAAUACCCACUCAGAUUCAAAUUCUUAACAAGGUUUUCAUUCGAUUUCCUGAGUCAGCGACAACAGCAGUUUUUGUACUGACCAAUCUUGGGGACGGCAGAAAGCAAGGAUUGGUGAACAAUGUACAGUGAAAGGUCCCGCAAAUCAAAAUGCCCAGCUCCUAUAUAUAUAUAUAUAUAUAUAUCCAACAAAAGAUAAGCAAGUGAAGGUUAAGUAACCAUUUUAUUUAAUAAUUAUUCAGUCCGUUCUUCUCAGGUCUUAGAUUGCAAGUGGAAGGAAAGAUAUAGAAGGUAGCUGCUGCACCUUGCUUUUGUGUAUUCUCUGGUGUUCUAAUGUAGCUAAGCCAUGAUGUUUCUAAUGAGUAAGUGCUGAACAUGCAAACUUUCCAAAUUAUAUGCGGAUGCAUCAUAUAGAAAAUAUUAAAGAAUGGUUUAUUGUAUUCGUUUAUUAAAUUUAACUUAACAUUUAGAUUAUUAUUUCUUUUAGUCUGGCUAAUUUCACAAUAUUUUGUUUGGACGUGUAAUAGAUCUAACUGUUCCAGGAAUAUAUCUAUCAAUUCCAAUGAAAAUUUCGCCCUUAACAAGAGCAGAUCUUCAAUGCAUGGAUCGAUUCACAAGAGAUCCAGCUCAAAUUGAUUAUAUAUAUUAGAGCAAGUAUCAUCUUAUGCAUAAGAUAACAUCAACAGAUGCAAAAACAUCUUGCAUCAUCAAGAUAAUAGAAAGCAACAUAGCUAAUAGAAUAACUCCAAUCCACAGCUAGAAAAUGAGAACCAAACUCCAGUGAAGUAUUCUGUUAUCUAAUAAGUCAACUUGGUCAACAAGGGAGUAAUUAAUCAAAGGGCGUGUGGCGAGCACGAAUCCAAAUCAAAAGCAGGAAUGGUGAAGCAACAUGUGGACGCAUCAUCUUCGGGAAAGCAAAAAGAGCUAAUGAAUGAAUGGGGAGGUUUAAAAGAAGGUGCCAUGUGUCGAAGAAGAAAACGGGUGAGAAGGAUAAGCUCCAAGCCCGGUGGGUACAUCAUACUGGCAGAAAAACAGAAUAUAAAGGUUGGCCAUGAAAAGGAAAAGGGUAGGCUGGAAUUGGAUGGUUGAAGGCCCUGGUUUCUCUCAAGGAAUUUGAGAGCAGGGCGGUGUUGAUCACCUGUUAUUUGCUGGUUUUUCUUGGUUAUUUUCUUCAACACUUUUUCUUAUCAAACAAUUGUAAUACUUGGUGAGAUUGUUCUCAUUCUCAAACUUUGGUUAUUUUUGCAUC